UAGCAGAGAGAGUGGUUUGAUGUGAUUCUGUCCCGUGUUCUCUGUACAUUCCUGAUACAGACUUAGCUGGAGGAUAACCCCCAUGCCGGACGGCACAUAGACAUGUGGCCCCAUCUAUCUCACAGUAACCUCGAGCUGGCUGUGAUGUACGGCGCCUCGGACAAUCAUGGGGGCAGUGGUGGAAGUAGUAUUGUGGACACCCCCACUAGUAACUUGGGGAGCUCUAUCACAGCUUGUAAGAAGGUUUUAUGCACAAAUCGACCUUCAGAGUCAUUGGAAUAUUGGCUCCAGAACUCCAAGAAUCUGUGUAGAAUCGGAUUGGUCGAGGACGGGACAGAAACAAACUGCACAUCUAUUUGUUUUGUGAAUCUAAAUAUUACCGAUGAAGAGUCAAGCCAUGCAACCUUACAGAAGAAACUGGUAGAUGUGUCCCCGGAGCUCCCAAAAUUUAUGAAAUCUGUAAGAGCCCAAGAACUGAAGGAGAAUGAGAUUGUGCUGCUGAGUGGGUUAACAUCAGGAAGACUUCGACCUACAAUCGAGAACCAACAGGCGUCCUGGCAGCCCGAUGUGUGUUUGUUGCAGUUUGGGAAGGAUCUUAAGAAGAGCUACACUGGCGGCAUCAUCUUGGAACUAAACAAAUUUUUACUGGGUCUGGAAUUAACACAGGAGAACCUCCUGCAACCUGACACCUCUCCGUUCCGAGCUGAUGAUGACACAAACUGUUCAGUGUCGUCCAUAGAAGAAGAUUUUCUGACCGCUUCCGAACAGCUAGAGGAAGACAGUGAGACGGAAAAUAAAAGAGAGCUUCCUGAGCAUCCUGGUGAGAAAAUUAUCCAAAAAACAGGUGAAAGUCUGCAGAAUAAAAAAUGCAGAGUAGGGCAUCACAGAAAGGCAAGCCAUAUUCAAAGAAGCCAUGAAGUUACUGACAGCAAUGCUUUCGUUGUGGAAGCUCAGAUGAAGACCAGUGAAAGAUUGCAUUUAGCUGCAGAGAAGGACUGGCAAAGAACAGAAUGGACAAGUGAUUAUCAGGGUAGAAGACCUUCAUUGCAGAGUGGAAGCAGAGAGGAAAUCAUGAACUGUGGUAAUGGACGGAGUAAAAGUGUUCCAGAACUGUUCAACAGCAGAGUUCUGGAUGAAAAAAAUAAAUUCUGCAAAAACCAACAAUCUAAGGUAUGUACAGCUGGCAAUGUCACGGACUCUUUUGAUGACCCUGCAACAACAGGACAGUAUGCAACAAACCUGGCUGAGUGUGUCUUGCAGGAUGCAUUUAUCAGGCUGUCCCAAACUGACACUUCUUUCGCCAAGGAGGCAGCUGUCAGUAUCUCAGCGAAUAACUAUAGGCUUUCUGGAGUCAUACCAAACAAAGGUUCUCCUGUGACCUCUCAUCCAUGGAAUGAGCUUCCUAAAAUUGUGAUCGUGCAGAGCCCAGACAGCUGUGAUAAUCCAACAGAGUGGGUGGAUGAGUCUCACUGGCAGGAACAGGAGAAUCUAAAAACUGAUUUGGAACAUUGGUCAAGUGAAGAUGGUUCUAGUGGCUUCACGCAGAGCACAUUGGAGAUGGCCUUAGCUUGUGCUGCCUCAGUUAUUGGAACCAUCUCCAGCCCUCAUACUGCAGAUAAAUUUAAAGUGGAACAUGAUAUAAACAUAAAUACAGAUGAAAAGAAUGGCAGUGAACAAGACAUUGCAGAAACUGCAGGAUUUCCAAGUAUUGUUCCAGUAGAAGAAUAUUCUGUUCCAUCUGCGUUGUGCGGAAUGACUCAAGUGGCAAGUGCAGUAGCUGUCUGUGGUUUAGGAGAUCAGAAACAAGCAGUUUAUCCUGCCACAUCCAGUGUUCUGUUGGCUGCAGCUGACACAUCUGCAGCAGUUACACUGCACUGUAGCCUAGCACUUGGUAGCAGUAUGGAGAACCUCAAAGACUGCAUCGCAAAGGUUCUGCUUAAGGAAGCAGCCGUGGUAUUAACAAGCCCCAACACAUACAAAAAUGUUGGCGAGUUCAUCGAAUCUAUGAAAGAAAGGCUACUGAGCAGUGUAAGCUCUUCAAAACUGACCCAUGUGGAUGAUGUUAUUAAUCAUGACCUGGCACACAAUCUUUCAGAUACAAUUUUAAGGCAUUCUGCGGAAGAAGCCAGCAAGAGAUUACAGGGUACAGAUAGCCAUAUCUGUGCCAAAUCCCAAUCUGCCUUUGUGACAAGCACCACUGAGCUAUUGUUUAAUGUGAUGCAUUUUACCUGCAAGAAAAUGAGUGAUCUUUUACAGUCAAGUGACUUACCGUUUGACCUGGAAGACAAAAGCAAAGGGGCAAACUCAAAGAAUGAAGAGAUGCACCUUCAUGACCUGGUUGAUUCAUCACUGGUUCACACGACAUUGGGCCAAUGGCAUCAGAGACAGUUAAAUGAGGUCAAGAAUGAACUUAAUUCAAAUAAACCCCCCCAGUCUGAUGAGAAUGAUGUAAAAGCACCUCCAACAGAACAGGUUUGCAACAACAGCCAACUAGAAGUGCAUGUGAAGACACCUUGCAGUAAACAAUACCUAAAAAGGGAAAGUUACAGGCUUCACCAUAAUGAACACAGAGUUGCCAGAGAGAGCAUUCUCACUGCCGACGAGUGCAAAUAUUCCAUCUCCACUACUGUCCAAGGAUGGAUGGAAGGGUUUAAUAAUGGAAGCCAAGAAAAGCCAAGCUUUGAGGGUAGUGCGUCCAAAGACUUCCCAUCAAAUUUGAAUGCACUGAGUAAUUAUAUGUUGCACCCAUCUCAAGCAGCUAUUACACUUAAACAGUCUGCUAAAAAUUACUGUUUGACAGAUUUUGCAGAUGAUCUAGCAGAAACUGUUGUCUCAAUGGCCACUGAAAUGGCUGCUAUUUGCCUGGAAAAUUCUAAUGGGAAGCAGCCAUGGUUUUGCGCCUGGGCGAAGGGGAGUGAGUGCUUGAUGACUUCAUGUCGAACAAUAAAAAGGAAAAAAGAUGGGUCAUCUGGUGGAGCUGUGGUGCGGCGACACAGGCCACCACGGCUCAGUGAAAUAAAAAAGAAGACAGAUGAACAUCCUGAACUGAAAGAAAGAUUAAUGAACCGAGUGGUCGAUGAGUCUAUUAACCUUGAGGACACCUCAGAUCCAGUCAGUGCAUUUGCCAAUGAAGUGGCCUCAAAAAUUCUGACUCUGAAAGAGUCAUCAGUUGUAGAUCUGUGGCAAGGGCAAAAUGUAUCAAGAAACAGAUUAUACUGUGAAAGAUUGAAUAGAGGCAAAGCAUCAAGCUAUGAAAGUAUCCCUGAGGAAGACAUGGAUGCGAAGAAUCUUCUCAACACACUAGGCCCUGGAAGCUUUCUAGGACAACCAUCUAGUAGGACAAGUUCUGUGUCUAAGCAGUCUAGCUGUGAGAGCAUCACAGACGAGUUUUCAAGGUUUAUGGUUAACCAAAUGGAAAACGAGGGAAGGGAGUUUGAACUUUUAUUGGACUAUUAUGCUGGAAAAAAUGCAAACAAUAUCUUAAACUCUGCAUUGCAACAGGUCUCCAGGAGAAACAGCCACUUGAAUGUGAAAUCAACCUGCCUUUCCAAGCAGUCAAGUACAGAAAGCAUCACAGAGGAGUUCUAUCGAUAUAUGCUAAAGGAAAUAGACAAGGAAAGCAGGGAUGUAAAAAACAGGAAUACAGCAGAAUGGACAAGCAGUCUAAUGCCUCCCCCAUCACGCACACCAUUUUGCUUCCGCCAGUCUUCAAUGCCUUGUAACAGAUCUUCAAGUGCACGCUUAACUGUAAACACUCCUGUGAAAGCAAACUCUCUAGAUGGGUUUGCAAGAAGUGGUUCACAAGAUUUCCUCCAUCUACAGCCGGUCAAUAGCAUUUCUUCAACAAACCUCUGCAAGUCAGACUCAUGCUUGUACCAAAGGGGCCAUACUGAUCAAGCCACCGACAUGUUAAUACAUGAGACAUGGUCAAGUUCUAUUGAGGCGUUAAUGCGCAAGAACAAAAUCAUAGCAGACAGCGUAGAUGACGAAGAAGCAGAACCUUCACCCAAGGGUUCACCAGCACAUGUGGACAGUUACGCCAACAAACUGGCUGCUGACAUUGUUCAGAGUGGUAAAUCUAUAAUUGUUCUACAAGAUUCCUUUGAAAGCACAAGUAAUGGAAACUCUAGCUGUAAAAGUUUACCCUUGAGUCCAUGCAAACAUGCAGAUAGAAGCAGCUUUGAGACAGACACUUUAAUACCAAACAAAUCUCGUCCUGUUUGCCAGCCUGGUCUCUCCACUGGUUCAAGGGAGGUACCUGUCAUACAGAUAGAAACAGAUCAAAGAGAAGAGUCAGAAGAAGAGGGGAAGGGAAAUAAAAGGGACAAUCUUCUUUCCAAAGACUCUUUAAAGCAAAGUGUUGAGAGAUGUAUCUCCUCAUCAGCAGGAGUCAGGGCUCACUACGGAAGAAAUACUCCAGUUUUACCAGAAACAACAAGGUCGGAGGCCCUUACUCUGCUCAGCAGCAGUGAGGAUAGCACGGGCAGCUGGUCACAGCUUGCAACCGAAGAGGAAAUUCUGGAGGACACUAGCAGCUACCUGCAGCUGAGUGAAAGAUCUGCGAGGAAGCUGGAAGAAAAACAUCCGACCAAAGAAACCCAGGAAAAUCCAGAUGAUUGUACAUCAGGAUUAUCUGUGGGGACGGUUAGCUGUCAGUUUGAGGUCUGCAUUCUAAACAUUGAUCUGGAGUCUGACUGUGCUGAUUCUGAACUUCGAUCGACGUUGCAGUGGAUUGCAGCAUCCGAGCUUGGAAUACCUGCCAUCUACUUUAAGAAAUCCCAGGAGCACAGGGUUCAAAAGUUCCUUCAAGUCAUGCGCUUAGUUCAAGCAAAAUCCUGGAAGGUGGGAGAUAUUUUCAGCGCGUUGAUGCUUCAUUGCAAGAUGCAGGAACAAGGGAGCAAAGUGCCCCCGAGCUUUUUUGACUGGCUUUUGGAAAAGGGAUAAGGAACCUUCAGGUCUGGCUCAAAGCAUGGGACAGCUAUGGGAACCUGUGUAACUCCUGAGUUUCUACAAUUCAUCGUCACAAAAAACUGACUGCUGCUUUUUUUUUUUCUUUUAUUGUACAGUGACAGAUAUAGGAUUGACAGAUUGUAUAUUUAGAAUGUAUUAGACUACAGUUUUUUAGGCAAGUGGGCCGUGCUUAAUAUUUUUCUAGUAUGUAUAAAUAUAUAUGUAUAUAUUCAAUGGAAUGCCCAUAUUAAUGCAGUUUAGUUGGGGUUGUGGGCAUAUUUGAGCCUAUCAUAAUGGAGCUUUGAACUAAAUAACUUAAUUAAAACGAAAAUGGCACAAACCUGGCAUUUAGCGGGUACACACUGUGAAGGACUGUGAUGGAUGGGCUUCUUGAUGCAUUGUCAUCUAUGAAUCUUAAUUUUUAUCACUUAGAAAUUUGAGUGUAAAGAGAAUGGGAUUUAUUUAUAAAGGGCAUUUCUGUGCUAAAUGUAGAAGAAUCGGCAGAAAUAUCUCACUGUUUUUCAUAAUGAUUGAACCACUUUUAGAUCUUUGUCCCAUAAUUAUUAAUGUCACAACUUUUCAUUGAUAACACAAACUGAAUUAUGGGUAUUGGAUGUCCAGUAUAACCAGGACAAAGAAAAAUAAAUAUACAGAAAAAACUACACAACAAAUUGGUGUGUGUUAACUAUCUGCAAUACACAGAUUUAUUUCAUGUGCAAUUACAGUAUUUUAUUAUUUACUACGAAAUAACCAAAUUAAGGCCACAUCUAGUCAUCUAUACAUAUAUAUAUCUGUGAUCUUGCACAUGAAGAAAAAGUAUAAAUUUGGGCAUAAUUAAUAUGAUGUUAAUCUUUGAAGGAAAUGACGAUGGCUUUCGUUUUAAAAUGAAGAAACAAAUUUAUGCUACUUCAGUGGUACUCUCAUAAACAAAAAUGGCUUCUCCACGAGUAACCCUAUAAAUUGAAGUUCAGUGACAUAAAAUGGGUCUGUCAAAAUUAUAGUCCUUCGUUAGAUACUGAAAGUGGAAAGAGCAGUGAGAACACAGGUAAUACAAUUAUAUAAACUAAUUAAAUUAAUAGAGUUUUAAAAAUGUUAAAUGGUGCCAACAAGUUUAAAUAGCUAGCGAAGGGGAAAAUGGAAGAUAGGCGAAGCUGAAAGGGUUUAAAAAAAAAAAAAAAAGACAGAGGUUACACAAUCUAAUAUCUGAUAUAUUACCAAGUAAUAUAAUAAUAUGGUUUUGCUGGAAUGAUAUAGCAGGCAUUAUAUGAAAUGUUAUAGUUUAUAAUAGAAUGACUGAGUUACUGAGCACAGGUUAUUGGGAGACUAGACUCAUUACACUGGCAGAAUGAAUUUUUCCAGAUAAUUCCUUUGAAAAGAUCAUUCUGCAAUUUGCUUCUGAACAAAUUACUUUUGAACAUCAUGAUUCACGAAACAGACCAUUGGCACAAUCCAGUUUACGGCCAUGUUCACUAAUUACUUGGAUACUCUGCCUGAGCGAAAUACAUUUAACCCUUUUAGAGUAAGGGAGAAGAGCAAUGAAACCAAUGAGCACAAUUUGUAUAUUAAGAAUGAUUUUUUUGUUGUUGGAAAAAAAAACCAUUGGCAAAACAAUUUCAUGAUGCAAGUCUAUUAAAACUUAUUCAACGUA